CGCCUCCCAUUGGUCACCGGCCGGGCCGGGGCGGGUGCGCGCGCAUCGCCGUGCCCGGGAGGUCGCUGCCGCUACGCUGCGGGCCGGGGGCCGCCUCCCCCCCCCCUCACACACACCGGACGUCGGUGGGGCGCGAGCCCCUGCGUUGCGUGCGGAGGCUGAAUCGGCGUGGAUGUGUAAAUAUUUUCCUGUUGUGGUGACAAAGAAGGCGCUGUAAUAUGAGGUUGUGGCAAGGAGCUGGAGUUGUAUCUUGAUUUACCUUAGCAGUUAGUCGAACUCAAGUCUGAAAAUAGCAUCGAGAAAAACGACAAAAUGAGUAGUCGUCGAAAGCGUGCACCUCCAUCAAAAAUAGAUGAUGUGAAGAAGAAACAGCUCUGCUGGAAUAUGCAUGAAGACCGGAGAAAUGAGGUGAUAACAUUAGAUGAUGAAAUGACCAAUGAGGAUGAUGUUCCAGGCCCAAGCACUUCUUCUUCGUCCUUCAUUGUUAUAAAUGAUGAUAGCACUGAUGAGGAUCUCAGUCAAAAAGAAGACACCGGUUCAAAGUCUGUUAAAUUUUUUACAGUUAACGACGAAGAAGACUCUUAUUCCACCUUGACUUCUGUGUCAGUACAGCUAAAUAUUACCGUCCUGCCAUACCGUGCAGAUGGGUCCUGGAAAGCUUUGUUGGGAGAAUUUGCUCUUUGUCAUCCUUCCGAGCAGAUUCUAGCUGAGGAAUUCCAUGAAAGGGGCUUUACUUUAAUGAGAGGAGACUCUGAUGAUCACCUGCAGGUCUGUGUCCAUAAAAAAAGCGAAGAAGAGUACAGUAACGAAACAAAGGAAUACUUGGGUGCUUAUGAACAAAUUAUUAUGGUGGAACCAACUUUAGGUGGUGAAAUAUUGGAAGGCUUGAGAUGGUUGCAAAAGAAAAAGAUAAUUGGCCUUUAUCAAAGACCUGCAGAGGCUCAAGCUUUAAAGGUUGGAAUUUACCUUCUGGAAGCUGGGCUUAGUAAACCAGAUUUUCUCAGUGAUGGAGGUGGAAGACCCAAAAAAUCUAAUCAGCUGAUUCAAAAACUCAUGGAAAAGUUCUAUAGUUUUAUAAUUCCAGAUGUGCUGGAGGAAGAUGAAGAAGAAUCAGACAUGGAACUAGAGCGCCAAAAUAUCGAAGAGCUUUACGACUUUGUAAGGCAUACCCAUCAGCAGGAUAUCCAAUUGCUGAGAGAGGAUGUGCAGCAUCCUGCCUUAAUUCCUAUUCUGAGGCCGUACCAAAGUGAGGCUGUGAAUUGGAUGCUUCACAGAGAGAACUUCACAGGCACUCCAAGCAAUGAAAAUGCACUGCACUUCUUAUGGCGAGAGGUCAUCACUCUGGAUGGAGUGAAAAUCUACUAUAAUCCAUUUACAGGCUGUAUUAUCCGUGAAUAUCCAUGUGCUGGACCUCAGUGGCCUGGAGGUAUUUUGGCAGAUGAGAUGGGUCUUGGAAAAACAGUAGAAGUGUUGGCUCUUAUUCUGACUCACACCCGACAAGACAUUAAGCAAGAUGAUCUGACAUUACCUGAGGGUAAGCUUGUGAACUUCUUUGUUCCACCUCAACCUUUAGAAGGAAAUAAAAAGAAAAAAACAAGGGAAAUGGAGUUGAAAUUGAAAGAAAAAAUACAAUAUCCCAGCUUACGAGUGAUGGUAUUAGCAGCUGUAAAGGAGAUGAAUGUGAAGAAAGGAGCAUCCAUUAUUGCAAUAUUUAAGUAUAUCAGUGCUGUCUAUAGGUAUGACAUACAGAGAAAUAAACGUCUUCUCAAAAGAACUCUAGAAAAACUAAUUGCAGAACAAGUAGUGGAACAAGUCAAAGGACAUGGUCUGGCUGGGUCUUUCAAGCUGGGAAAGAAUUACAAGGAACAGAAGAGACGAGAGAGAACCAAAGAACAGAUAGCAAGGACUUCAGAAAGGACUCAGAAGAAGCAAUUGACUGAUACUAAUACUCAAACCAAAGAAUCAAAAAAUAGUGAUGUCACUUCUGAAAAUGUCCUUAAAAUCCCUUUACGAGUAGGUAUUGCCACAGAAGAACAUGAUUAUUGUGCAACUAGGAAAAACAGCAAGACACCUGAAGUAGAUCACAAGAACUCUGCAGAAGAGAAUGAUGUUCAGCAGGAAGCUGUGGUCUCAAAGUCUCUUGACUUGCAUGGCAGCCUCCUUGUUUCCAGUGAUGUUAGCAGUCAUCCUGAUCUUGAUGUUCCUAAAGGUAAAGCUGAUAUCAAACAGGAAAUCCCAAAGGACCAAUCCUCACAUUCCCAAGAACGUGCCAGCAGUAGUGUGCAGCAUGCAAGUUCUGUGUUUCCAUUUAAUACCUCUGAAUAUCGUUUUGAAUGCAUCUGUGGUGAGCUUGGAUUGGUUGACUAUAAAGCUCGCGUGCAGUGCCUGAAAUGUUCUUUAUGGCAGCAUGCAGAAUGUGUAAACUACAAAGAGGAAAAUUUGAAGAUCAAGCCCUUUUACUGUCCCCACUGCCUUGUGGCAAUGAAACCAGUUUCUACAGGAGCAACUCUGAUAAUUUCUCCAAGUUCUAUUUGUCAUCAGUGGGUGGAUGAGAUCAACAGACAUGUGAGAUCAUCAUCUCUUCGAGUUCUGGUAUACCAAGGUGUGAAGAAGCAUGGCUUUUUGCAGCCACACAUGCUGGCGGAGCAGGAGGUGGUUAUCACCACAUACGAUGUCCUCCGCACUGAACUGAACUACGUAGACAUACCCCACAGCAACAGUGAAGAUGGGCGCCGUUUCAGGAACCAGAAGCGGUACAUGGCCAUCCCAAGCCCCUUAGUAGCAGUGGAGUGGUGGAGGAUCUGCCUUGAUGAAGCACAAAUGGUUGAAUGUACUACUGCAAAGGCUGCUGAAAUGGCACUCCGUUUAAGUGGAAUCAAUCGCUGGUGUGUCAGUGGCACUCCUGUGCAGCGAGGAUUAGAAGAUCUGUAUGGAUUGGUUCUUUUUCUUGGAAUUGAUCCUUACUGGGUCAAACAUUGGUGGGACCAGCUUUUAUAUCAACCUUAUUGUAGGAAAAAUCCCCGUCCUCUCUACAGUUUAAUUGCCAAGAUAAUGUGGAGAUCAGCAAAGAAAGAUGUGAUUGACCAAAUUCAAAUCCCGCCUCAGACAGAAAACGUACACUGGCUUCACUUUUCUCCUGUGGAGAGACACUUCUAUCAUCGCCAGCACGAGGUGUGCUGCCAGGAUGCGUUGGCAAAACUCAGGAAGAUUUCAGAUUGGACUCUUAAGCUUAGCAGCCUAGAUAGAAGGACUGUGACAUCCAUUCUGUACCCUUUGCUGCGGCUGAGGCAGGCCUGCUGUCAUCCACAAGCUGUUCGGGGAGAGUUCUUGCCAUUACAGAAAAGCACCAUGACCAUGGAAGAACUGCUAACAUCCCUGCAGAAGAAAUGUAGAACAGAGUGUGAGGAAGCUCACCGACAGUUGGUGUGUGCUCUUAAUGGCUUAGCUGGUAUCCAUAUCAUUAAAGAAGAAUAUGCAUUGGCUGCAGAGCUUUACAGAGAAGUGUUACGUUCUUCUGAAGAGCACAAAGAAAAGCUCAAAACAGAUUCCUUGCAAAGACUUCAUUCUACACACAAUUUGAUGGAAUUGUUGGGAAAGCACACAGGAAUUCCUCCAACUUUGCGUGAUAGCCGACUUGCAGAAGAGGCAGAACAACUUCGGCAGCAUUAUAUGAGUAAAUCAAAUGCAGAAGUUGCAGAAGCCCAUCAGGCUUUACAACCAGUUUUCCAGACCAUUCGGGAGCUCCAGAGAAAGAUACAUUCUGGUUCUCCAUGGUGGUUAGAUGUCAUCCAGACUGCAAUACAGUAUGCCAUUGAUGAGGAACUUGUUCAACGUGUGCAAAAUGAAAUAACCAGCAACUACAAACAGCAGACAAGUAAACUCUCCAUGGCAGAAAAAUUCCGUGACUGCAGAGGUCUUCAAUACCUACUCACAACCCAGCUGGAUGAAGUGAAGAAGUUUCAGAAGAUUGUAAGAGAAGCAGUGAAAAACUUAGAAGGCCCUCCCUCAAAGCAGGUUAUUGAGGCUGCCACUAUCUGCCAUUUGCGACCUGUUAGACUGCCACUUAACAACUGUGUCUUCUGUAAGGCUGAUGAGCUGUUCACAGAAUAUGAGUCGAAACUCUUUUCUCAGACUGUUAAAGGCCAAAUGGCUAUAUUUGAAGAGAUGAUAGAAGAUGAAGAAGGGCUAGUUGAUGACCGUUUGCCCACCACAAGUAGAGGACUGUGGGCAACCAGUGAAACUGAGCGUGCCCUGAAAGCUAUUCUCUCCUUUGCUAAAGCUCACCGGAUGGAUGUUAAGCUAACUGAAGAAGGUAGCAUAUUUCUGGAACUCUUUGAAGCAUGGAAAAAGGAAUAUAAGUUACUUCAUGAAUAUUGGAUGGUGCUAAGGGAUCACGUGUCUGCUAUUGAUGAGCUAGCAAUGGCUACAGAACGGCUGAGGGUGCGUCAUCCUGAUGAGCCAAAACCAAAUCCACCAGUUCUCCACAUCAUAGAGCCACAUGAGGUAGAGCAAAAUCGAGUGAAACUUCUGAAUGACAAGGCAGUUGCUAAAUCACAACUACAGAAGAAAUUAGGACAACUUCUGUAUCUAACUAAUCUGGAGAAGUCUCAGGAUAAAACGACUGGGGGAGUUAAUCCGGAACCAUGUCCUAUCUGUGCACGUCAACUGGGAAAACAGUGGGCAGUGCUGACAUGCGGACACUGUUUUUGUAAUGAGUGUAUAGCUAUCAUCAUAGAACAGUACAGUGUUGGCACACGCCGGAGCUCAAUUAAAUGCGCCAUUUGCAGGCAGACAACAUCUCAUAAAGAAAUAUCAUAUGUCUUUACUGCAGAAACUGCAAAUCAGGAGGAUGAUAUUCCUGUGAAGGGGAGUCAUUCCACCAAAGUGGAAGCUGUGGUUCGAACACUGAAGAGAAUACAAUUUAAAGAUCCAGGGGCUAAAUCCUUAGUUUUUUCAACGUGGCAAGAUGUAUUGGACAUAAUUUCAAAAGCUUUGUAUGACAACAAUAUGACUUUUUCUCAGAUCAAUGGAAUUAGUAAGUUUCAGGAAAAUCUCUCUGCAUUUAAAUAUGAUCCCAAGAUCAAUAUUUUGCUGCUGCCCCUUCAUACUGGUUCCAAUGGACUAAACAUAAUCGAAGCGACUCAUGUUCUGCUUGUGGAACCCAUUCUGAAUCCUGCACAUGAGCUUCAGGCCAUUGGCAGAGUACAUCGUAUUGGCCAGACGAAAUCUACAAUUGUUCAUAGAUUCCUGAUAAAAGCAACAAUAGAAGAGAGAAUGCAGACUAUGCUGAAAACUGUAGAUAGAAGGUUGGUUUUGCAGUCAGUGCAAGAGUUGUCCAGAUGCCAGCUUCCACACAAGCUCUUCCAUGAAACAGUCAGAAGCUUCAGUUCUGACAGUGGCAGAUUUGGCUGACCUUUUUACAGAGGAAACUGAAGAACUUGAGUAAAAACAUUGAUUUGACCUCAUGAUAUCAGAAAGUACCUGAUCUAAUAAGCACUUGUAUAUACUCUACUUGAUCUGUCAUUCAUUUAAACACCAUCUAAUCUGUCCUUAAUAGAACUAUUGGAAAUAGAAGAGUCUUCUAUUAACAUUUUAUUCUGUGGUGACAUUCUUAGCAGCACGCAUUUCUGAUAGCACUGGAGAAAACUUGCACUUUGCACAUUAAACAAAAAUCUGGAUUUUAUUCCCAAAGAGCUCUUGAGCUGGAUGUUGGAACUGAGAUCUUGAACUGCUGGAUUUUUACCAUCAGGUUGGAUUGGUUAGUGAUUCAGUAUGAGAGUAAAACUAUGUGGGUGGUGGGGUGGGAAAGGGAAGCAGAAAAACACAGAUCUACUUUUUUUACUGUACAAAGAAUUGGUAGGAAGAAUGACUGUAAAUUAAUAUUCUUCUAGAAAGGGCUUCUAGGGUUGCUACAAUUUAAUGUCAGGUUACUGAACGUCUUACUGGUAACACUUUAACUAAUCUUUAUUAAUCAUUUGGAUAUUUGUAUUAGGCUUUUAGAUAUUCACAAAGACUAGUGUGACAAUUAAAUUUUGUUGUUAAUGCUCACUCACUACAGAAUGAUAAAUUAAAUUAUGCUUUUUGUAUGCGUGUUGGUCUGGAACUCUGUUAAACACUUAAACAUAAUGUACAUGUUUUUCACUUACUAUUGAAACCGUGACUACUUCAGUGCUUUGUUUAAACAAGAAAAUACAUUUGUUACAGAUUUUUUUUUAAAGUAAUUUGUUAAGCUGAUGAUCACUUUAAUUAUUCAGUGCUUAUGUACAUUUUCUCCUCCUGAUUUUUUGUCUAUUUCUCCCUCUCAAAGAUGCAUCAGUCUAAAUAUUCAAAAUACGAGAUUGCUAGGCAGUCUAAACAGUAGGUACCUAGUCUAAGUUAGAUAAUCAGUGAAGGGAUGAAACUUUUGUGGAAUUUUCCAUCUUCAUGUAUGUGAGAACACUGCACCAUCUCAGUUGACUAUUGAAAGAGUUUAGAAAGCAAAAGCUGACUUUUAAGAUGCUGAAGGUAGGCAAGAAAUUCUAAACCUUUUGCCAUAGGUUAUGGACACACAUUUGCUUAACAUCAAGCAAGGUCAGUUACACAGUGUUAUGUUUAGAGAAUAUGAAAAUGUAUGCAUAAACAGGCUACUUCCUUCAGAGUACAGUAUCUACUGUUUUAGCAGACUGUUUUUUGUAUAUUUUAGAAAUCUUACUUUUGAGAUUGAGUCCUUUAAGAACUCUCAGUGUUAGAAUUUUUAUUCUUGUCUGCUAAAUAGACUUGCCAUAUAAUUCUUGUUUUUUGUUUUCAAGAACAUUAUAUUUAAGUUGCACCUUGUAGCCUUUUGGGUAUUAAGCCUAUCUGCAUGGCAAACAGAUUUUCCUUUGCUGACACCAAACAUGAAUUGAAUUACAUGACUAAUAUUGCAUCAAGAAGUCUGUCUUCAGCAUUCUGUUGUCCAUCUGGGCCAAUUAGAUAAAUUAUUCUAAAGACUAUUUGAGUAAAUUUACAGACAAUAAUUCUUUAUUUCCUGUAUUUGUAAUAUGUACUAGUCAUAUUUAUAUAUUUUGUUUUGGAGAUUACUGUUCUUUUGAAGAUUAUAGUUUGCAGCAAGAGAAAUUGAGUACAUAGUAGACUUUUUUCAAUGAGAGCGAUCAAACAGUUUGCACAGACUGACAUCUCCAUCCUUGGACAUGUUUGGAACUCAGAUGGCACUGAGCAACCUGAUCUAGCUUCAAAGUUGGCCCUACGUUGAGUGGUGUGUUGGACCAGAUGACCUCCAUGGAUCCCUUCCAGACUAAAUUAUUCUACAGUGUGCUGGAGAUCAUGCUGUACAGACACUCUAGGAACUUUGUGGGCAGCAACAUUCCAGUUUUCUCAUCAUCCUCAGAGAAUUUCAAUACUGUACAAUGUAAUGUGGUGGAACAAGGAGCUUCUGUUCACUGCGAGAAAUUAUAUAUCUGUUUAAAAAAAUGUGGAAGCAAAUAAUGUUUACAUUCAUAGCUCCCCUUUUAAAUAACUCGAUGUGGGAAUAAUCACUGUCAGAAGCAAACUGAAAAAUAACUGCUGUAAAAGGUUUCCUAAGCUCUGCAAGUUCUUGGCUUGUUUGUAUAAAGAUGUCAGUUUAAAUGUUUAUUUACAAAAAUGUGGGGUUUGGAUUCCAAGCCAAAAGCAUAGCUUCUCAUCAAGCAAUACGUGAGAUGUUUUAGUCCUGACUGUUUUUUAAUGCUUACGUAACAGCAUGCGAUGCCAGAGACCUGAUUCUGAGCACUGAGGACUGGCGUGCCAGAACUCAGAGCUCUGGAGGCAUAACAUUAAUACACUUCUUGCAGUUGUAAGGUUGAAUCAUUGGUGUGUAUGUAGCCAGAGUCAGUAAUAAAAUAGUUUCUACAAAUUUCACAGUAGUAUUAAGUGGAUAGACUACAUUUAAAGAAUAAUAUUGAAAAAGAAAUUGAACUGUAAUUUACCACUGCUUGCCAUUCUUUGCAGCAUUUCGUUUCUUUAGCAGACAUUUUCUUUCAGAUGCUUUUAAGACGGCUCAGGAACUUAUUUUUCUGUUAAGGCUGUAGCUUGUACAACUGCAGUGCUUUUCUCUUAUCAACAACAGAGUAAGGCAUGUUUUCAUGGUGCUGCGUUUUUUGCACUACCAGGAGAGCGCUCUUAAAAGACUAUCUUAGGUGGAACGAUCUUUGUCCUAUCUUAAUUGUUCUGAUAUGCCAAUACAAAUGCUUUUUUCCACAGAAAGCAAAAGUCUGCAAAUACCGACUGCGGUAUUUGUGUGGACACAGUAAUGUACUAGCUUCUCAUGUGUUCUCCUGUGAAACAGUAUUGCCAGUUUAUAUUUCCAUGUCUUUUCCAGUGCAGUCCCUGUAAAAAGGAGGAUCCAGCUGACUCUGAAGAACUUAACACUAACCUUCCAUCUCUUUCAGUUCCAUAGCUGUAAAAUAACAAUAAUGCUUUUUUUUUUCCUCUCUAAUUGGUGAUGAUUUCAGGACAGUUUUCCCCCCCAUGUAUAAAAGUUCAAAGCCUUGUAAAAGAGAGCUGCCACCUCAGUUAGGCAUCUGUAAAAGCUUGAUGCAAAUAGAAGACUUUCUUAAUCUACAGAAGACAUCAGUAUUGGAAAUUCAGGAGUGCAUUCCCACGUUGUGUUAAAUUGAGCACCAUAAAUCUCACUGUGGAUGUUAAUGAUGAGUUUGUAAGUCAAGGGCCACUUUGCACUGUAAAUCAGUCUGUGCCAGGAAGACAUUUUCAUCGUGACUUGUUAAGUGAGUCUCUUGCAUGCUAAUGAAAGUCCAGGAUAUGCUAUAGUUUCAUGCAGGCCAAAUAUUACAAAAGAAUGUUUGCCUCAAGUUUUCCCAUGCAUAAAGCUUCAUGUUAAAGAAUGGACUUGAUGCUUUUUAUGAGAUGAGUCUUCUAAAAACUUUUCUGCCAGUAUCUGUAGAUAUUCAAGCUGUCUGCCAGGAGAGUGUCCUCAACUUUAAAAGUAACUGCACUUCAAUACAAGUGUGAGUGGGAUCCUACAGAAGUUUUUUGUUAAAACUAUAGUUAGACAUACUUCCUCUUGUAGGAUUCUGUCUGGAUUAGUGGGUGAGGACCAGUUGGCAACUUUUUAGCACUGUCUUUUCAGACACAAACAGUGCAAUCACUGGAAAGAAUGCAUGCUGUUCUCUUUCCACCCCUUUCUACAGUCCUUAUUGACUAUAUUAUGCUUUCCAAGAGUCUUGAUUAUUUUAAUAGCAAUUAUUAUUUCACCUAGCUACAAAUGGAACCUGUUUUUUUGUUGUUGUUUUUUUUUUUUUUUUUUUUUUUUGAAACUUAGGCUUACUGCUUAAAAUCUACAUGAUGAGCAUGUCUAUAGACAGGCUAGUUGCAAAGCCACUGUGCCUAUGUUUUUCUUCCUUUUUUGGUUGCCUGAAACAAGUACACUCUUUGCAAGGUUAUCUGCUAUAAGCUACAGGAAUUUCAUACUGUGGACGAAAAGGAGAUCCAAGUAGUCUGUCUGUCUCUGUGUCUCCUUCCCUCUGUCUCUCGCAGCUUGCUCAGUUUAAUACAAAGAAUGUGCUUGGCCAGUGGAAGUAUAGUAGGUGAGUCACAAUCCAUGAAAUGGCUCCAGUAAAACUAGUUUAGUGUGUCAGAGGAAAAGUGAGGGAGGGAAGUUAGCCUGGUUUUUGUUUUUGCAGCUGUAAUAUCUUUACCCAUAUUCACUGUAGAUGAAGAUUUUGAAUUUCAGUCUGUUAAUUUUUGUAUUCCUGGUUUUAUAUUGUUCACCUGGCAUAUAGGAAGGCCUGGUAAACUAAUUACUUAGCAAUCAGUGAGGUUUACAAGUUUUAAGUUUUAAGGUCUGUCGGAUUUUGUAUUCAUAAACUGAACACUAGAGCCACUAUCAUAAGUCCUGUUGCAUCUACUAUCUUUCUCUCCUCUUCAGAGAAAGGCUAAGUUGGGAACUCUUAAAUCAUUGCAUUACUGAUUUCAAGUCACAAGUAGUCAUUUUAUGUAUUGCUCUGUAAAGAGCGCAGUCAGCUGAACUUGCAGAUUUUGACUGUAGUGAAGGUAUUAAGUCAGCUGGGGAGAAAGUAAACGAAGCAGGAUUUCUAAAAACUAGAAUAAACGCUACUUUGAAAAUUGACGGUGUGAGAUCUCUGUAAACCUCUGGCUUCAUUUCUUCCUAUAUGCAAUAUGUCAAGUUUCUAGGUCUUAAAUCACAAGUUGCUUUGUUUUAUGUGUUUAUUCAACCAAGUGUAAGAUCUGAUUGUUUACAGGGUGUUUUAAAAUGUAAGUUGUUCCUGUAAGCUGGCUUAGAUCUUUUUUGUGUAUCUUUUCCUCCUAUCCUGUUAUGGGGCUAGGAAGUUUGGAGGAUUCACACUACGUCACUGAAUUUUCCCCUGUGUGCGCUAGGAGGCCACCAUCAUUUGUCGAAGAACUGUCAAUGAAUCUAGGGUUUCUUGUGACUAUUAUUAGGUAAAGGAAGAAAAUCUAGACUGCUGUUCUUGUUACCUUGGUGGUGUUUUGUCCUGUCACACUCUGAGCAUAAGGCAAUGGCACUUAAACGCCAAGGUGUGUUCAGCCAUCUAUAAUGGCUUGUUCUGCACUAACAGAGCAUACAUGUAUUCCUAUACAUAUUCAGCAUGUGGUCUUGGAUAAUCAAAUAUUUGCUAUCAAAAUUGUGCGUCAGUACAGAGUCACUACUAUGCUUACAAAAAUUAGCUUUGGGUUAAGUCAAUAAGAUAGAGAAUAGAAUUUAAAGAAAACAGGAAAAAGGCAUUAUAUUUGAUAUAUUUAUUGCAUGUUCUCCAACUGUGAAAUUUUUCAUUUUCCUUCUCCCUCCUUUAUGCAAGUGACUUCUUUUUAUUCUGUACUGUAGGGUUUGAAGAACAAAUGAUGGAGGAAUAGAGGGCGUAUUUGACUGAUCACCAACCUUUAUGUCACCAAACUAGAGAUUUACUUAGGCAGUGUGAAAGCCAAACUAAGUCAUCCUGGUGUGAUUUAUUUCAAUUUAUUUAAUUUAAUUUCCAAAUGCUACUUACUAUAUGGAGCUGUGCAACCGGAGUUUCUGGGACCGCCUAUUCUAUUGUCCCUUUAUCAACCCAGAUACUGCCAACAGGAAAUCAUGGUUGCAAAAAGUUUCUGAUCUCCUGUUCUUUAACAGUGGCCAAUUCCUGAUCACAAAAGAUAUGUAUAGGAAACUGAUGAACAGUCAUUCUGAUUCUUCCUUCUCCCAAGUAAAUUAGUGCAGUUUUAUAUUGCAAGUAAGUAUAUUAUAGCUGCAAGUAGAAGAAUUUGUUUCUGUUCCAGCUUCUCCCAACAUGCUGGAAAGUAAACCAAAGGAGUACAGGUGCAAAGCUAACACCUCCUCCCUGCACUGUUUGAUAUGGGACUUCUUUUUUAUAUGCGCUCUAUUUGCAGCAAGUACACCGAAGUGUGGCAUAAGAUCUUGUGUAGCACACUGCCAUUCUCCUGGAAGAUAAGCAUGCCCCCUUCGUAGCACUAACCUUUAAAUACCACCAUGCUGUGUGUCUGAUCCAUGCUGGAAGUGGACCAUCAGCUAAGAAAGCACAUACAUCUGUUGUCUGUCUUCUAGGAAGCCUUAGUAAAGCAACAUGUAACUUUUUGGAAACAAUUAUACUGUAGUAACUGCUGCCAUUAUUGUUAGAUUUUGAAAUCAAAUCUGAUGAAAAGACAUUGUCAUAUAGCUCCUCUUACAGAGGUGAAAAGCUGAGAGCAUUUCACCACCAGCCAGAAAAGAGAUGGAGGGAGUACAUGCAAGUCCUGGCAAUCCCUUCAUACCUGCUGUUGCUGGUGUAUCUGCUGCUGUGGGACAAGACUGGAUGGAGCUGGGGAGGAAAGAGGGCUUGGGAUAGAGAACUUUUUGAGUAGUAGUUGGUAAAAACCUCCCCCGAGUGCCCUUAUACUGUUUUUCCUGUGGGAGGAAUGAGUCACUGAUAUGAGAAGUGAAUAAACAAAGAGUGACAGAUCGUAAAUGUAACUUAUUGACUGGAGCUCAGCGUUCAUCUAAUGUAGUGGCGUGUUUCUGUGUGUUCAUUGUUUGAGAUUAUAGCUGUUCUCCUACUGAAAUCUUGGGGUAUGAAUAUACAGGGUUUCACAGUAGUUGAAUGAGCAGGAAUAUUGAAAAGUUUUGUGUGUGAUCCAUGCCUUAACGUGCACCAAAAAAAAAAAAAGUUGUAGAACUCCAUAGCCAAACUUAUACUGUGGAUUUGUGAAGGAUAACAAAUCUCAAAUGGUUAAAACUCAAAUGAUGCAAAUGUAUAGAGCCCUUGAAACAAACUGUCAAGUUCUGCUUAAUAAAGGAAAGGUAGUUAAUCACUUCUGCUGUAAAUGCAUGAGAUGUCUCUGAUGGGACAAGACAGUGGACUUUGUAAUUGCCACUCUUGGGAAACUUUGCACCCAGUGAUCUCCCAUGUCAGAGGAGAGACAGAAGGCCAUAAGCCUACAACGAUCCUGUUGGGCAGGAAAAUGGGGCAGCCGGGACUUGCUAAAGGUCUGAGCCUGCUAUGUCAGAAGAGGGCUGUGUCAAAAAUAUUUGGGGGGAAUCUUUCUUCUUUGUGUACCUUAAUCAUCAGGCAUCCUGUAAGCAUAGUUUUUCUGUAAAUCUACAACUCUAAACUUUCUGCAGUUUUUAAUAUAUGCUUCCUUUGUUAGCAGGCUGCCACUAUUGAAAAGGACUUUCUGUUCUCCCUGUGGAGCAUGUAUUUCUUUUAUGUUACUCAUUCUUAACAAAGGUGGGUGCCUCUGAGUCACUUAUAGCUCUCAUUAAAAGCCUCUGUAGUAGGGUAGAAGGACAUAAACCACCAAAGGGUGGGCACAGUGGAUGAAGUGAGAGAGACUCUACUCCUUUCUAAUAAAAAGCACACUUUGCUGCCACUAUAGCACAAGAGAAAAAUUAACAAGUAGGGGUGGGUCCUGUCCUGGGGGAUCAAUUCUAAAAUAGGUAGAAAAGGCUUUCCAAGUAUGCUUGGUCUCUGCUGACUUGGCACGUUAGGCACAUUGUUGGGUGCAGGGCACCAUUUGGUCACUCUUUUGAAACACUUGUUUCUGUGUUGAACUUUUAAAACCUACAAUCAUGACCCUGCACUUAAUAUCCUGGGGGAUCCUUUCACUUUCUGCUGAAAACAGCAAGCUUUUACUCCCACCAAAGAAAGCAGCUGGAAGGGCAAAGAUAGAGAGAGGUCUUCAAAGAUAUCCUAGCUUUGACUGUGGAGGGAAGUUUGAUGGUGGGUUUGCCUCUGCGCUGACGUCUUUAACUUCAGCAGAUGAUGCUGACAUGGGAGAGGGUGAGUUGUGUAUUUUUUAUUUUUUUUUUUGGAAGAAAAUACCAUCAUUGGUUAUCAAAAAAAAAAAAAAAAAAAAAAAAUCCAAGGAGGAACUUGAGGAAUACAGAAACUAAAGCCAACUACUUAAUAACUGUUGGUGUAGUUGUCAGCUCUAAAACUUUAUCUUAAAUCAGAACCUGCUAUAGCUAUGUAAUGGUACAACAUACUGAUGUACAGUGGGAUGUGGAACAAAUUUUCUUUCAUAACCUUCCUCUGAGUGCUUUUUUUUAAUAAUAAUAAAAAAAAAA